AUGCAGGGCCAGAUGAUGAUUAUGCAAGCGAUGGAGCGUUACGCGAUGUUCGACCUCGCGAACGACGUCCUCGAGCAGUGCUGGGACAUCUGCUACGACCGCAACCUCACGCGGAAGGAGUUGGUGGAGGGCGACCUGCCAGACAGCAAGCUGCGCAAGAUGGAGGCGUGCCAGCGCAAGUGUAUUGCGCGCCACUUUGAAGUGAUGAAGCUGAUGAACGAGGCGCGCGAGCUGCGGGAGAAGGAGGCACUGCAGGGACUGCCGCCGGGCUCGCUCAGUGCGGCGUGA